CCUGCUGAGUUUCGUGAGAAAACGAUCAAUUUAAAAACCGUCUGCCUAAAACCGAACGUCGACCAAGUCUACCGUUCUGGAGAUGUGAUGGAUUAUAACGGGUUGUUCCCGGAGAAGCAGGUUUAAAUGCAUAAUCAAGGGAGACAAGAGACGGGAUAAACAAGGGGUAACGUUAGCAGGCGGAGCGAGAGCAAUUGCCGAAGACAAAGGUAACUGUGCUACGAACUAUGUGAUGAAUUAACAGUCGAGAAGAACAGUUGGGAGUGUGCAGGAAGCAGAGUUUGAAAAAAGCUCCAGAGAUUGUCUUUUGAAAUAUGAACAGAGCGACAUGCUUUUUUUGUCUCCAUCUCUUUCAUUGGAAUCCACAGAUGAGCUCUCGGUGUUCGGGAAACAUAACAACCCUAACAUGACGAUGCCCUGUAAUGGUAACGACAGUCAGUCAUUAUGAGAAGCUAAACUGUAACCGUUAGAGGCAUAUAUGCUCUUCAUGGAUAUACAGGGAGAAAGGAGAGAUUCGUUUAAAAACACAUUAUCAGAAAAAAUGAUGGUUUGAGAGGCUAUAGUUUAGAUGUUUGAAGGGACAUGUAUUCGAUAAUUUUUGUUCAAGUCGAAAAUCGAACUCUAGCCACGAACGCUGGCACUCUGAAAUCUAUAACGAAACGCACAAGCCACUGCAGAGAUUGAGUGGCUUUUCCCACAUUCUUUCCCACAUUUUUUUCUUGCUAAGUGUGUAUACUUGAAGACUAUAGGCUACAUGUUGAUGAAAGAGACUGACAUAGAUCUACUUAUGAUAUAGAUUCAACGAAAGCACAUAGCGGUCUAUAGGCUACUUUCAGCACCUCGGACAGCGACCAAAAUGACACGGCUGCGCAAGAAAGCUCUCAUUGCACUUUUCUUAUUCACUCUCUUCAUCUUCGGGACCAUGAUGGGCCUCAGAACACUGAAACCCAGCGAUGGCUUCUCAGACCUUGCCCCGGGGAUGGGAGAGUUUGUGAGGGAAAGAGGAGGCGACCAUCGACGGCCAGUCUCAAACGACAUGGUAGUUUCCCCUGGUCAGUCCCAUCUAGCCAGCGACACCAAAGUCGUCUUCACAAAAUCCGACCGUGACUACAGUAUAUUCUACGACGUACAAAUAUUCUAUUACUUGUGGUAUGGCACCCCACAGAUGGACGGUAAAUAUAUUCACUGGGACCAUGUUCUAGUGCCGCACUGGGACCCUAAGAUCGCCCCCAGCCACUCCAAAGGAAGACAUACUCCUCCAGAGGACAUAGCGUCGAGUUUCUUCCCGGAGCUAGGACCAUACAGUUCUAGAGACCCCUCCGUGCUGGAGUCACAUAUGUCGCAAAUUGAAGCGGCUGCAGCAGGUGUACUGGUUCUGUCCUGGUAUCCGCCUGGCAUUGCAGACAACCAUGGCGAGCCAUGUGAAGACCUGGUGCCUGCUGUCAUGGACGCUGCCCACAGACACAGCAUCAAGGUGGCGUUCCACAUCCAGCCGUACAAGGGUCGGACCGACCUCAGCAUGCAUGAUAACAUCAAAUACAUAAUUGACAAGUACGGGAACCACGGCGCCUUCUACCGCUUCAGGUUGACCACGGGGCGGAUCCUUCCUCUGUUCUAUGUCUACGACUCCUACCUGACCCCGCCUGAAGCCUGGGCCGACCUGCUCCACCCCGCCGGCACCCACACCCUCCGCGGCACGCCCUACGACGGUGUCUUCCUCGCCCUGGUCGUAGAGGAACGCCACAAACACGAAAUCCUGGCCGGUGGCUUCGACGGCAUGUAUACGUACUUUGCCUCCAACGGCUUCUCCUUUGGCUCCUCUCACCAGAACUGGAAGGCGGUCAAGGCCUUCUGUGACGGUAACAACCUGCUGUUUGUACCCAGUGCCGGGCCGGGAUACGUCGACACCGCAGUGAGGCCAUGGAACAACCACAACACGAGGAACAGGGUCAACGGACGCUAUUACGAGACUAGCCUGCAGGCGGCGUUGUCCGUGCGGCCGGAGAUCGUGACCAUCACGUCAUUCAACGAGUGGCACGAGGGGACACAGAUUGAGAAGGCGGUGCCUAGGAAGACGGUGUCGCGGCUGUAUCUCGACUACCAGCCCCGCCGGUCAGAUCUGUACCUGGAACUCACCAGGAAGUGGGCCGAACACUUCAACAAGGAGAAAGACAAGUGGCUCAUGUAGUGUACAGGACUCCUGACUGGACUGGGUUCGAUGGGAAUAAUGCAUUUUGGGUGUGACUGGAGCAAGUAAAAAUUAGGAGCUUUUCACACUACUGAGCCAGACCGAACCAAACCAAGCUGCAUUGAGCUGGCCUGGUUAGUGGUUACACGUCCUUUAUAGUUGCUGGAACCAUGUUGAAAAUAAAAAUGUGGAAAGAAAAUAGCACAGCCAUCACAGUUUGAUUUGGGUCAGCAUGAUAGUUUGAAAAGGGUAGGAGUGGCCUCACUGCUGGGUAUUCUGGGUCGAUAUGAAUAUACACUCCUCUAUGGAUUUAUUUAGACAGUUGAAGCUAAAACUUGCAAAUUUGGCCCUAUUCUCCAGCAUUUUGAAUUUGAGAUAAAAUAUUUAAUAUUAGGCGAUAGUACAGAAUGUCACCUUUUAUUUGAGGGUAUUUUCAUACAUAUGUUUUACUG